CUAUACCUGUCUCUCACUGCAGGAUGUCGACACGGAUGCGAUGUCCCCCAGCGAUGCCCUCUCCCCCUCAUCCGGACUCAUUCCCCCCUCUAUCAGCAGCUUGGCCAUCUUGAGAUCCUUGACGGCAUCCAGGCUUCCUGCCUCGCCACGCUGUUGCUCCCAUUGCAGGCGCCUCUGAACAGCACCCAGCAGCCACUUGUGGCAGUAUGCCGGGCCGCUCCCAGAGAGCGCCUGCAUGGAAGCGAGGGCGUUUAUCUCCCCCUCCACCUUCGCACGAAGUGUCCGUCGUAGAGCGCCCGGCCGUCGGUGCUCUCGACAAAGAACGCCCCCGCCUCCCCGUAGAUCUCUGUGUUGGCGGUGCUGCCAUCGGGGUGGUCCACAUGGGGGGCGAUCAGCAGGGCAGCCGACAGCGAGCAGACGGGGUACGUGUCUGCGGCCUCGCUGAAUGGCAGGCGGAGGGCGAGGGUUGGCGCCACGGUCGUGCUGCUGCUGGUGGCAGUGCGGCUGAUGAAGGCCUCGAUGGUGGCUGCGACCUUUCUGAGUGGCAGCAGGGUCGGCAU